AUUAUAUAUUCUUUGAAAAAAUUAAAAAAAAAAUUAAAUUUAAAAAAAAAAAUAAUGGAGUUACUUCAACUUCCAUCCGCAGAGACCAAAGAUAAAUGCUGUUGUAGUCUGCCAAUCGCGUUACGUCAAAAUGAUGCCAAAUUUGUAGCAUGCGAUAGAAAUCUUCGAGAUUUGGAAAAAUGUCAGAGUUGCAUUUCACCCAUUUGUCAGAAACCCACCAAGAUUUAUGCGAAUUCUCGCAAUUAUGUCGCCUGUGAGCAAAUGUUACCACUUCCAAGAGAUUGCAUACAUUCCAUGCCAAACUUAAGUAUACGUGAAGGAAGAACACGGUCAAGAUCACAGCAGGCGGCAAGACAAACGCUAUUCAUCAAGGAUGAUCAGUUAGUGAAUUGUCUGGCACCAAGGUGUAAGCCAACAAGUAAAGAGGAAAUGGCAAAAGAGAACGAAAAUGUCACGUGCCAGAAUGCCGAGCCGGAGUUAACAGAAAAAAGAAUUAAAGCCAUCAAGAAAGCGGUGCUAAAGGAGACAAAUAGAUAUAGACGAAUGCACUGUGCGUGUCCUUUAAUAAUGGAUGACAAAUUAUCCGCCUAUGCACAGGAAUGGGCAGAGCACUUGGCCUCUGAGAAUAUGCUCGAGACUCGUCCUAUUCCUGCGUAUGGUGAGAAUAUUAUGUGCGCCCGUAAGCCACUCUUCUGUGUGGAACGCAUGAUGAAACUAUGGUAUCAGGAGAAAUAUAAUUAUGAUUUUAUACGGCCCUGCUUUAAUAUCUAUGCUGGACAUUUUACCCAAAUGGUUUGGUGGGAAACCCAACUUCUUGGCAUUGGAAUGGCUUCAAAUGACUAUCGUAUGUGGAUUGUGUGUAAUUAUCAUCCAGCUGGUAAUAUACGGGGGCAUUUCAAGGAGAAUGUUUUACCACGGAAACUGCUUUUAUCGGAUUCAGAUAUUGAAUUGGAUAAAAUUAAUAAGUCCAAAGAAAUAUCAAUACAGGCCAAAUGUCUUAUCGAAAAAAAGCAACCUUGUGAAAAAACAAAGACCUACAUAAUAGCUAAAGAAGGCACAACCCAGAAAACUAAAGCGGUGACAUUUUUAGCAUAGUCUAUGAAAGAAUAAAACUCCAUUAAUUCUGGACCUAGUGAA